CUCACAGCAGGGGGGCCUGGGUAAGGAACCCCACCCAGCAGAGGUGUUUAAAGGCUCAAAGUGUACGUGCCUUCCCACUCUGCCAGGCAUCAUGGGCACCUGGGCCUUCCCUGCAGCCCUCUUCCUACUCUGCCUGACUUCUGAAAGCCUACAAGGCGGGCUGCCUUGGUUGUCUCCUGGCCUAGGGAAAGGUUAUGGCCCCCCCAGUGGCCUGGGAGCAGGAUUUGGGAAGAGAAAUGGCCUGGGAGUCCAGCCAGGCAUUGGAGGGGGUGUAAAACCCCACAAGCCAGGAUUUGGGAAUGGGAAUGGGCUAGGAGCAGGGGCCUUCCCAGGUGUCUCAGCCCAGCCAGGCUUUGGAGGGGGAGUGAAACCCCAGAAGCCAGGAUAUGGAAAUGGGCUGGGAGCUGGUGCCUUCCCAGGGCUGGGAGCCCAGCCAGGCCUGGGAGGGGAAAUGAAACCUUCGAAGCCAGGAUUUGGGAGCAGAAAUGGUUUAGGAGUCAGCACUUUUCCGGGGGCAGGAGCCCUGCCAGGCCUGGGAGCGGGAAUGAAACCCCAGAAGCCAGGCCCUGUAGCUCCGAAUGGUGGCCAGGGACCAGGAAUUGGAGGGGGUAUGAAACCUCAAAAGCCAGGAUUUGUCAAUGGGAAUGGGAUGGGAGCCAGGGCCUUCCCAGGAGUCGAAACCCAGCCAGGCUUGGGAGGGGGCGUGAAACCGCAGAAACCAGGUCUCGCAGCACCGAAUGGCUUGGGACCAGGCUAUGGCGGGGAUGGAAAACCCCAGAAGCCAGGAUUCGGGAAUGGGGCCUUCGUGGGAGCAGGAGCACAGCCAGGCAAGGCCCAGGAACUCAGGAGCAUGGGUCUCGGAGCACUAAAACCUCAGAAGCCAGGCCCUGCAGCUCAAAAUGGCUAUGGACCAGGCUUUGGAGCACAUGUGAAGCCCCAGAAGCCAGGCCCAGCAGCCCAGAAUGGAUAUGGAGCCGGCUUUGGAGCAGGCAUGAAGCCCCAGAAGCCAGGAUAUAGUAAUGGAAAUGGACUGGGAACCCAGCUAGGCUUUGGAGCAGGUGUGAAACCCCAGAAGCCAGGAUUUUGGACCAGAAAUGGACUGGGAGCCCAGCCAGCUCAGAAUGGCUACAGAGCAGGCAUUGGUGAGGGCAUGAAACCUCAGAAGCCAGGACUAGGAGGGGCCAUGAGCCCUCCAAAGCCAGGAUACACACCAGGGAAUGGGCUCGCACCAGGUUUGGGAGGGGAUAUGAAACCUCCGAAGCCAGGAUAUGGCAAUGGAAAUGGACUGGGGGCCCAGCCAGGUCCCUGCAAUGGGAAGGUCCCACCAUUGCUUCUCCCCAGGCUUCCCACUCCAGGAGGCCCUUCUGAUAGGGCAGGUGGCUGGGGUCUGAAAUCCCAGCCCCCUCCUCCAGUGCAGAAUGGCAAGUUCCCAGCACCGACUCCAGCCAUCCAGUGGGGACUGAAACCUCAGAAAGCAGGGUACCACCCUUUGCAUGGCUAUGGACCAGGAGCAGAACUAGGCUUUGGUGAUGGCCUCAAACCUCAGAAAGUUGGUUUUGGUUACAGGAAUGGUGGUCUGGGAGCUGGGAUUUUCCCUGAGGUCCUCCUGCAACCAGGGUUCCCUGGGGCCAAUGGUUUUAGGAACGGGUAUGGCGAGGAAGCCCUGGUGUACCCCAAAGCUGCAGCUCCAGCCUCCGAAGGAAAUGGGCCCUAUGAGCAGCUGAGGCCAGACCUGGGCCCCAGGCCCUUCGGGGGCCCUGAGGUGAAGUGAGGCAGCAGUGGAUGCUGGAAAUAGCUAUGGAGGCCAUUGUCCUCUUGGGAAAUGCUGAGCACCUGAGCUGAUCCACUGCCCAUCCCGAGCGCCUCUGUACCAGAGCCUCGUCUGCUUGGCAAGGACAGCCAGACAACCCUUGGGCUUGGUCUCUGGCCUGGGGUCUUCUGAGGGCUGAAAGUAUUAAUAAAGGCAAUGUGCUUCUGUUU